AAUCGCAUCUGCCAUCAUGGGACGAUCCGCGGUGAAGUUGCCAUCGCGCGCACGGCUGUUAGGUCGACGUUCAUCAAAAUCCAUAUCGCGCGAUGCAUAACGUGAGAGAUUGAACGUCCAAGAGAGAUUGAAAGAUCAGAACACAGAACGAAGCAGUUUGAAGUCAAUUCCGUCGUGCGUGAUGGUCGCCGCGGCGCGCGAGACAAGAGGUUAUAAAGCCCCGACGACGGCGAGGAUGGCGAGCGAACGUACCGCCCGCACCUCCUCCUCUUGAAUCUCGACGCGAGACGUGUGUGAGGAAUCUGCGAGGAGGAUCCGCUUCUACGUCGCAUCCGCUCUGACGAGAGAGACAGACGUUCCACCUUCCCCAAGGGAGGAGAACUUUCCCGCGCGCGCGUUCUGAGACCACCACGUGCUCCGCGUUCGCGCUCUGAGAAAGUGUAAUGACUCCGGUGAAGUUACAUCAUCUUGACGUGACACGUUGAACGUGUCCGGCGGCAUGACUUCCUCGCGCGCGGUCCUCAGAGCGCAACGUCGACAGUGAGCAGCGCUGCCGAUCGUGCCGUGGGCCGCAUGCAUCGAUCGCCCAGGUUCAUCACCGGUUGAGUCUCGCGUCAUCGUCGGGAGCUUGCAGACACGGUGGUCAGAACCGAGGAUUCGCGCGGCGAGAUUUCAAGUGCGGUGUCCGGGCCUCAGUGAGAUGGCCUUCAUGAUGAAGAAGAAGAAGUAUAAAUUCUCGGUGGAGGUCGACCUCGAAGAGCUCACGGCGGUGCCCUUCGUCAGUGCUGUGCUGUUCGCUAAACUGAGACUUCUGGAUGGCGGUUCUUUCGUCGAUCAUUCCACCAGGGAGGAAGUGCAAGAGCACACGGUCAGGUGGAACGCCAAGUUUGAGUUUUUAUGCAAGAUGAGCGCCAAUGCAUCCACGGGCGUGCUCGAUCCGUGCAUCUUGAGGAUAUCCGUGAGAAAGGAAUUGAAAGGAGGCAGAUCCUUCCAGAAAUUAGGCUUCACCGAUCUGAAUCUGGCCGAAUUCGCAGGAGCUGGUCUUUGUCGAAGAAGGUGUCUCUUGGAAGGUUACGAUGCGAGACAUCGUCAGGAUAACUCUAUGUUACGCGUAGCCAUCAAGAUGAACAUGCUUUCCGGAGAUAUCCUGUUUAAAGUCCCUUCGCCGUCGUUGAAGCAGACGCAACUGGCAGUGCCUGGAGUGCAAGGUGUACCUGGCGUUACCGGCGACGAGGUGACGACGUCUGAAAGAUGCACCAACCGGGAGGAUUAUGUAUCCACCGGCUCGCUGGCAGGGAGUAUAGCCAGUGCCAGCAGCGGUUUCGGCAGUCUUCCCAAAAAGAGACCCCCACUUUUCAGCUCCGAACUUCUCAGCGGAACGGAGACGUACGAACCGAUGACCCUCAGCGAAAUCGUACCGUCGGCAGUUCCGGUGGAGGCUCUGGUAGAGGCGCACACGGAGUCGGGGCAUUCGCGCAACAGCAGCAACACCAGCCAACUUAGCAAAGGAUCCGGCUACGGUUCUCUCAAUUCACACAGCCAGCACAGCAGACAGAGCAGUAGCGGUGACAGUGGUCACAUCAGCCUCAAGCGAUCUCUUCAUUCUCAGUCCCUCGACUGUAACUACGAGACUCUGGACUCUCUAUCUUUUUUUUACUACUUUACGUCACCCUCCUGGCCGGUAUGGGCACCACGAAUCCCGAACUCCUACCAGAAUCCACCCGCACAACCGUUCGCCUGUCAAGCCGACCUCACCUCUGUCGAGCCUCUGUCGUCACACCCGUCCUUCGUGUCGCACAUGGUCUCCAGAACUCGAUUCUGGUCGACGUCGAGCCCGCUCUCCUCGCGUUGUCGUCCGAACGACGCGCUGAACUCGACGACGACGAGCGGCGGCGGCGGCGGCGGCGGCGUCGUCGUCGUCGCGGAGAACGUUCGCUCGAUCGGGAAUCAGCAAGAGCCACUUUGCGCUCGGAACGGCCUCUCGAGCGACGUUUCGCGACCGAGCGAUCGCCGCGAUCACCCCAACGACGAGUUGGUGGCCUCCACCUUGGUGGCGCCCGGUGUCUUCAGGGUGCCCGACGUGCCGCGACACGCGCGCAAGAAUUACGAGAGAAACAGCUACGAGUCGCGUAACGAACGUAACGCGAUCAACGAGCACGAGGCCAAUGUCUCGGUCGGCUCGGUCGCAAAGACGCGAAUCAAUCAUGCGGGCUGGCGCGGCAUGUCUAAGACCUGCGACUGCAUCGAGAAGGGCAAAACGAGUCCCGUUUUACGACUGAUCGAUCAGACCAGAGCCGUGUCCUCUCCCGAUCCUCUCCAUAGGCCCGACAAUCAAAGAGCCUCGCUACGUUCCGCGACGACAGCCCAAACCCUCAGGGGUAUUGGCGGAGGUCACCGCAAGUUACUGGACGGGGCGGGGGGCAAGCUGGCUACGGUCGCCACCAGUCCAGCGGACUCGGAGGAGUCCUCGUUAGGGGUGCCGGAAGUCGCUCCGCCGAGCUCGCAGCAUCGAAACAGCAUUACCCCACCAAAUCCUUCCGGCGGUUCGGGUCUCAGCGAAACCGGAUCCCUGGACCGAGCCAAGGCCGCAUUAGAGCGUAGGAAAAAAGCGGAGGACGGCACUGGUAAUCCUGUCCUCUGCAGAGUCGAGGUCACCAGGCCGAACCCUGAUUCUCUUAUCGACGAGCUGCUCAAAGCAACGAAUCUGGAACAGACGGAUCUCGAAAGUUCCGAGACAACUGGCCUUCAACUGUUCAUCGCGAAAGACGGCACGACCGCGCUCGGCAGCCAUGAGGUCAAGAGUCAAAUGCCCGGUGUGUUCAAGCAGGUGGUGAUGGAAGAGAACAACAGGUAACACGAAGCCAUCACGUCGAGACGGCAGUACGCAAGACAAACCGGCGCCACGUUCUCGUUGGCCCUGGUGCCAGAGCUCGUCUACGAAGCCUGCGAGCCCCGGUAGUCACGAAGGAGAACGACGAUAAUGACGACGAUGACGACGACGACGACGACGACGACGACGACGACGACGACGAGUUGGACGAGGGAAUCGCCGACCGAGGAGAGGGGAGCGGCUAAACGCGAAGAAAAUCGCGCGCCCAUAUUCUCAUUAUAGAUCGUUUAAAUCAUAGCUCUCCUCCGUAUGCGACGGCGGCUCGGCGACCGAUGUCCGUUUCAAAGCGAAACGCUCGAGCAUCAGCAAGGCUCGAGAGGAGCCGAAGGAGAAUCCCGAAAUUAGCGAACGCGAAAUCGGCACGCGGCGCCCCUGCUACCCGCUACGCUAAGACAGAUAAUAAUCUCCGUCUGUUAAGGUGACGUCGACGUGCAAGCGCAGGCGCACGCUAUCGCGAAGCUAACUCAAAAAGUGAAAAGCAAAUAUACAUAUUUUCUUCCCUGCAAACGAAGCACACAAUAAUUCUCGUCGAGCGUGCUUCACUUGAGAGGAGCGUUAGUCAAUAAAAGUUUAACUGAGGAGGGAAGUACAGCUUAGUACACACAGGGAGUAUAUAGGAUUACGCGAGAGGAUAAUAACAGCGAGACGAAACACACUCAAGGUCCGCGGAAACCUUGCAAUGGAGAAUAAUGUCGAGCGAAACUUAAGCGCCAACUUUAUUUAUAGCAAUACGGCGACGAUACCUUACAUUGACGCGUAACCGCAGAGCGAACUGAGAGG